AUGGCUUCUGCUUCAAAUAUUGGAAAAACGCUAGUUUGGAAGGCAAAGCACCUGGCUGGCACUUAUCACGCGCAGGACACAUUUGUCAGCGCAGAGACUGCUUCAUUAAAUGCAUCCAUCCCUAAAGCAAAACAGCUUGGAAAUCUUUCAAGUUUGCAAUUUCUGGACCUCAGCUAUAGUGUUGGUUUAUCUAGUGUUGGAAACCUUGAGUGGCUUUCUCACCUUUCUUCUUUGAGUUAUCUUGACUUGGCUUUUAGCAACCUUAGUAAAUCCAGUGAUUGGUUCCAGGUAGUUAACAAGCUCCCUUUCUUAAGAACCUUGCUUCUACAGGAUUGUAAUCUUCCACCUAUCGUUUCUUCCCCUCUGUCACUUGUCAAUUCUACAUCUCUUCUGCGCCUCGAUCUCAGUUCCAACACUCUCACUUCCUCAAUGUAUCCCUGGUUGUUCAACGUUAGUAAUAAUCUUGGUUAUCUUGACCUUAGCACCAACCAAUUACAAGGUUCCAUUCCAGACGCUUUUGGGCGCAUCACUUCGCUAACAGAUCUCUAUCUUUCUUAUAAUCAACUUGAAGGUGGGAUUCCAGAAUCAUUUGGGAAUAUGUGUCUUUUACAUUCAUUAGAUCUGAGUGAUAAAAAUCUUGGAGGAAAACUCUCCAAGUCUAUUCGAAACUUAAUUGGUGGGUGUACUGAAGGCACUCUGGAGUACUUGUACUUAAAUGACAAUAAAUUCAUAGGUUCAGUGACUGAUCUUUCAAGAUUUAAGUCCUUAAAAGUGCUACAACUUGAACAGAAUCUUUUGAAUGGAACCUUAACCAAUAGCAUUGGACUCCCGUACAAGCUUGAGGUUUUGGUUCUUCGUGAGAAUUCAUUGGAAGGUGAAAUCACAGAAGCCGUUUUCUCAAAUCUCUCCAACUUAGUUGAUUUGGACUUGGCUGUUAACUCUCUUGUCUCUGAACUGAGACCUGACUGGAUUCCUCCUUUUCAACUGCGGACUAUAAAUCUUGCCCCUUGCAAGAUAGGGCCUCAUUUCCCAAAAUGGCUUCAAACUCAAAAACAUUUUGAAUCUCUAGAUAUUUCCAAUGCUGGAAUGUCUGAUAGUUUACCUGAAUGGUUUUUGGAUCUAUCCUCUGAAUUACAUUUUAGUUCAAAUCAUUUUGAGGGUCCAAUUCUAGCACUUCCUUCACAUAUAUCUUAUGUGGAUCUAUCCAAAAAUAAGUUUUCAGGAACGAUUUCUACCUUAUGUUUCACCAUUGAGAGUUUGCUUCAUAUUGACCUCUCCAGUAACCUGCUAUCUGUAAAGGUUCCAAAUUGUUGGAAGCAAUUCAAUAACUUACAAAUAGUUGAUUUUGCAAACAACAACUUCUCAGGGAAAAUUCCAGACACGAUGGGCACCCUAAGUAAUCUUCAAACAUUGAGUUUACGCAAUAAUAGAUUCUUUGGAGAAUUGCCUUUGUCUUUAAAGAAUUGCACAAAACUAAGAGUUUUAGAUUUAGAAAAGAAUGCAUUACCAGGAAGGAUACCGGAGUGGAUAGGGGAAAGCCUGCAAGAUUUAAUUUUUCUUAGUCUGCUAUCCAACAAUAUCUUUGGAAAUAUUCCUCUCCAGCUAUGCCGUCCAGGAAAUAUUCAGCUCUUGGACCUUUCUUUUAACAAUAUUUCAGCAACUAUACCAAAAUGUUUCAACAAUUUUUCUUCAAUGACUUAUGAAUGGAGUACCACCCUCACCACCAACUAUUUCCCCUGUGGAAGUCCAUUUGUGUACCAGAGACAAGAGUAUUUUGACAAUGCAGUGUUGAAAUGGAAAGAAAGUAAAUUCGAGUUCAAGAAUACUCUAGGAUUGAUAAAGAUGCUUGACCUUUCAAGCAAUAUACUAAGCGGAGAAGUUUCUGAAGAGAUUAUGAGUCUUACAGGAUUGGUUGCCUUGAACCUUUCUAGAAACAAUUUGAGUGGAGAAAUCACUUUGAAAAUUGGUGAUUUAAAAUCAUUGGAUUUCCUUGAUUUAUCAAGAAAUCAGUUUUCUGGUGAAAUUCCUCCAACCCUUUCACUAAUAAGUGGUUUUAGUGUCCUUGACCUUUCAAAUAACAACUUGUCAGGCAGAAUACCAUCAGGCACCCAACUCCAAAGCUUCAAUUCCUCAGUGUAUGGGGGGAAUCCCGGUUUGUGUGGGUUGCCACUUCCAACUAAGUGCUCAGAUGAUGAACCAUCUCAAGGUCCUGCCACUAAUAAUGGAGGAAAAGAGGGUACAGACGCUCCAAAAGAUGACCUAUGGUUUUAUUUGAGUUCGAUAAUUGGUUUUGUAGUAGGGUUUUGGGGAGUUUGUGGGACUUUAUUGUUCAAAGCUUCGUGGAGACAUGCCUACUUCAAUUUCUUGAUUGAUGCGAAAGAUUGGGUCUAUGUGACAGCAGUUGUCAGUAUUUCCAAACUGCAAACAAGGCUUAGUUUCUAA